AUGGCCCUCCUCGCGUUCCUCCAUGUCUGCUCCUCGCAGUUUCUCCCACACCAGGAGGGACCUCUUGAGUCCGACUUGCUUCUCACUGCAGCUGCUGCUCGAACAAGCCUGCCAGAAUGGGCCACCACCAUGCAGAGGCAGCAGCGGCAGCAGCGACAGCAGUGGCGAGAGCACGAGCAGCAGGAAGAGGUGGCUGUCAUGGGGUCUCCACCGCUCUUUCACUCCAGCAGCAGCCACAGCAAUGUUAUAAGCAGCAAUGCUAACUCCAGUUACCAGCAUCGAGUGCUGCAGCAGGCGGGCGAUACAUCCUUUGCUGAGAAGAAUCAAGGCAUGGUGGUGCUGCAACUCCUGUCAGCAGGCGCUUUUCAAUAUGGGCGCUUCUACUCGCCGCUGUUCAUAGACGCGCCGCGCAGGAUGUAUGUGGCACUGGUGGACACGGCAGUGAGCCUCUCCUGGCUCUACUGCGACUGCAUCAAGUGCCCACAGGACUCGCCUGUCAUCAAGCAACGCACCUUCUACACAACGCUCAACUCCACGUCAGCAGUGCUGCUCAACUGCACGUCCCCAGCAUGCCUGCAGCUGCCCGCAGCGGGCUGCUCUGCGCUGCCGCGCAACCUCUCGCGCUCCAACUCCUCCUGCGACCUGCGCUACGCGCCCGCGGGAGACCUCGUGCAGGACCGCAUGCUCCUCAAGGUCGUCAAGGCUGGGGCUGCCAGCGAGCAAGCGGCAAGAAUCAACUUCGGCUGUGGGCGCAUGGACGUGGGCUAUGGCGGCUCAUCAGUAGACGGUGUAUUGGCCCUCGGCUCUCGUCCCUACGGCCUGCUAGCGCAGCUGAACGCCUCUCUGGGCCUGGCGCGCGCCUACUCGCUGUGCUUCGACGGGGGCAACCAGCGCGGCGCUCUGCUCAUGGGCGAUGCGGACGCGCCCCCGGGCAUGGUCACCACUCGCCUCGGGCUGCUGCCCAACGUCUCGCGCCCCUUCCUACCAGUGCAGGGCAUGCGCAUGGGCAGCAGUGCAGUGGGCAACAGCUCUGAUCUAGCAGCACUGGUGAACAACACGCAGGGGGGAUUCACAGUGGACACGGCCGUGCUCUACUCGGGCUUCAGCAGAAUCGUCUUCAAUGCCAUGGUCAACAUGCUAUUUGCGGAUCCCUCUCUCACCCGGACUGGCUCGGAGGACAAGGCAUGUGUUGUCAACGACGAAGCGGCGAAGAAGGUCUACUUCCCGCCAAUCCUCAUUGACUUCCCCGAGGGCAGUCUCACAGUGCUGCCACAGAACUACAUGGUGGUGAAUGAGACAGCGCAGUGCUUCGCUGCUGUGCCUCUGGAUGCCAACGCCACUCAGUCCGCCUUUUUGGGAACCAUGUGGAUCAGGGACCAAUUUCUCACGUUUGACUACACCAGGAAGAUGUUCUCCUUCCAAUCCAUGAACUGCACCACACUCGCGCCCAUUGCAGCCCCACCUCCACCUCCUCCUCUCGUAUUCACUGUCCCAGAUCCUCGUUCCAAGGGGGCGUUUUCUUCUUCCAAACUUCUAUGCACACUGAUUCUGCUUCUCCUUGCUCUAUUUUUCAAUUCCCUUGCUUAG